AUGGAGCUACCUUUGACGCUGGCUCAGAUGGUGGGUGAAGGCAUCGGAAGAGAUCCCCCUAAACUCACACUCAACGCAGACCAGCAGGGCCACUAUGGGAGUGGCCUACAGCAGCGGACUCUGCAGCGUAUUCUACACCAAUGGCACUCGAGGGUGUGGGAUCCCUGCACUCUGUCCAGUAGCCCCAGGACAACCUCGUCCCCAAAGCUUCUGGGCAGCAUCUCAGGAGGGGAGAGCGCCCUGGAGAAGGUUCCUAGAGACCCUGCCAUCCAGGGUACCCUCCUGGUGACCUUUCUUUGGGCAACUGGGCAGCGGCGGCAGAAACAGCACCUAAUGCUCUGGCAGGCACGUGCACAGCAGGUGCAGAGCGCAGUGAGGCGGUACCAACACACCCUCCAGAGGCGCAUCCUCCUCAGCUGGAGCCACUGGACAACAGCCCAAGGGGCCCGGAGAGAGCUGGCAGACCGCUGGGCCUGGGCUCGGAACUGCAGGGUCGCACUGGGCCUGUGGCGGCAGCGGCUGGUGCAGUGGUUGGCAGCAGAGCGGUGGGCCCAGGAGCGGGACCGGGGACUGGCACGAAAUGCCCUGCACCACUGGCAUUCCUGCUGGCAGAGGCAGUGGGUUCUACAUGAAAAGUACCAGGCAUGGACCCAGGUCCAUCUCCAGAGCCUACGGAGUGUUGUGUUCCAGGGCUGGUGGCGGGCAGCAGCUCGGCAGAGACUCAUUAUGACCAGGACAGAGGAGCUCCGACUGCAGAGCCACUUCCAGGCCUGGCGUGGACUUGUGAGAGAAGCUGGGGUGCUCCAGGCCCAGUGCCAAGCCUUCCAGGACAGCCAACUAAAAAGGGCAAUAGGGGCUGCGUUCACUGUGUGGUGGGCAGACCAGGCACAGGAGCAGCGCAUGGCCCGGGCCACCAUUACCCACCAAAGCAGGGCCAUGAAGCAGAGCCAGGCCCAGCAGGCUUUCUCGGUAUGUCCAGGCACCCCACACCAGCACCACAAGGCCCACCGGCAGGCAAAAGAGAGGGCCCAGGUCCAGGCUGGGGUGACCCUGUGCUGGACACUGUGGGUGCAUGAGACCCACCUGCGCCAGGUCAGCCGAGCCCAUGCUGCCCGCAAGCUGAGCAUCCGGGUCCUAGAGGCUUGGGCUCAAGUGGCAGCCCAGGCCCGUGUCCAGAAAGCUGCUUUUGCCCAGCUACGGCAGGCUAGAUCCAGACUUCUCCUGUGGACUCACUGGGCCCAGUGGCAGACAGCGUUGCUCAGAAUGCGGCUGGGAGCACAGACAGAGAUGGAAGAGACAUGUAGGGUCCACCUGAGGCCCAGGGCUGGCCUCAGGCACUGCCUGAGCCUGGCCAGCAGAGGGCGCCUCCUGCUGAUGGAGGUCCCUGCCCAGGACCAACAGGAUGAAUCGACAGUGUUGGCACCUAGAAUCACUGCUUCACCAGCUCCAGGCCUCCCAGCAGACCAGCUGCUUGGCAGCUGCGUGGCAGUGUUGGGUAGAUGCUUACAGGGCAGAGCAGUUGGCGCAGACCCUGUUCAGGUGGUGGCACCUGAGAUGGGCCUGGGGGAUGUGGCGGCGACGGAUCUUGCAGCUGCCUUUGAGAAGUGGCACAAGCGCCUGGCAGCCAGGGGUCGGAGAAGUGGCGCCAACAGCAGCCUGAGACCCCCAGGCAAGUUGGGUUCCCAGAGCCCUGGGACUGGGCAGGAAGAUGCUGGAGCCCUGGACAUGGGAGGACGACAUGCCCCCAUAAGGAAUGCCAGGCUUCAUGAGGGACCGACUUGGGUCCAGCCAAGCCUGGAAGCCUCUCCCGGUUUAGCUGCCAUCACCAUGUGA